AUGGAUGAAGAAUUGCAAAAAUUAAUUAAUAAUUGGCUAGAAUGGGAUAAGAAUGAAAACACUCGAAGGCAAAUUCAAAAGCUGGUUGAUUCAAACAAUUUAGCAGAACUUGAAGCUUUGAUGAUUGGCAAACUUUCCUUUGGAACUGCAGGUUUCUUUAAAUUUUUUUGGAUUGUUUUUGGGGAAGCUUGGCUCCACGGAAUUGUUGAUACAUGCAUAUUAGUGAUCGAGAUUUUUUAA